AAGAAAACCUGAAGAUUGAACCGAGUUAAUUUCUUGGAAUAUAGAGAGGUAGAUGUUAGGAAGAACGAAGUGGUGGUCGGGGAUUGGCUUCAGUAUGCAGUAAUGCGUAUGAGAGUGAGGGUCACGAUACGGCGUGCUUUACGAUUUUUUUUAAAAAUCGCGCGAAAUUGUUCUCAACGUUUUUUUAUCGUUUAGGAAAUAUAUUUAGUGACCUACAGUUAUUAAAAAACUUAUUUUAGUAUUGGACGAAAGUUGUUUCGGAUGCUUUUCAACAGGAUUUACUUUUUGAAGUAACAUAUGCCGUUUAACGGUUUUUCACGGUAGCGUUUUGAGUGUCUCACGUCAGAUAUAAAAGUUUUGUGACAUGAAAAUUAACGUUCUUUGGAUUAACGUGUAAUUAGGAUUAUGUGUUAGUGACCUAACUGUGCGAUUUUCGAUUUUGAUGGAUUGUUUUGUGUGAUAGUUGAAAAAUGCAUUCCAAAGGAUUUUAUUUUAUUGCUUUUCUGCAGUUUUGUAUUGUUACUUGGGCAUCGUCUGACGACAGCAACAGAGAUACCAGAGAAGGAGAAGACGUGACGUUGGAAUGCAGAUUCCAACCUCAAUCCUCUAAAGACACUCUAACCUAUUACUGGGCCAGAAAAAUAAAACAAACUCACGAUAACGUCGCCAUAGGAAAUGUUCCCUUAGAUACCAAUUAUAGAUUAAAUUAUCGAGUAGAUAAAGGUAUCUACGAUCUCUUAAUAUCGAACGCAAGUUACGAUCGAGAUAACGGAAUUUUCGAAUGUAAAGUAAAAGCCGGCGGUUCCGGUACCGAUCUCCACGCUCAAAGAUACUCUUUGACGGUACUCACAGUACCGCAACAGCCCGUCAUAAGUCCGAGUUCGUAUGUCACCGUCACCGAAGGGAAAAUACAAGAAUUGACGUGUUCCAGUAUCGGCGGAUCACCAGAUCCCGAAGUCAAAUGGUUCAGACAAGGUUCCCAAUAUCCUCUGGAAACCGAGUUAAAAAAUGGAGGAUCGCGAGAUCAACCCACUAUCGCCACCCUAGUCAUCAACCCUACAAAAGACGACGACGAGGCAGUUUUCCGUUGCGAAGUUUGGAACCGAGCCCUUCUCGAUGACAAGAAAUUAAUUUCAACGAUGACCCUAAGUGUUAACUAUUUUCCUCGCGUCGAAGUAGGACCUGAAAAUCCCUUGCGAGUCGAGAGGGAUUCCCAAGCUACCCUUCGAUGUUCCGUAGACGCCAAACCCAAAGUUACGACCAUCAGAUGGACCAGGAAUAACAGAUUCAUCAGCUCAUCUCACAAUCAUACGAUACAUAGAGUCAGCAUCCAAGAUGCUGGAAAAUAUACUUGUAUGGCUGAUAAUGGUCUGGGUAAAGUAGGAGAGAGAGAAAUAAUUUUAGACGUCUUAUAUCCACCAAUAGUUACACUAGAAGCCAAAACAAAAGAAGCAGAAGAAGGCGAAUCUGUUUUUAUAAAAUGCAAUAUAACCGCCAAUCCAGACCCGAUUACUGUUGAAUGGGUAAAAGAUGGUAAACCCGACUUUAGACAAACUGGAGAUACGUUAAAACUGAGCCAUGUAACAGCUGAACAUUCCGGUACUUAUAUAUGCCGAGCUGUUAAUAUGAUAAGCCCUAGCGCUCCGCCAUUGAGAAUGAAUGAAAAAGUAGGAAACGCUUCUAUAGCUUUAUUAGUCAGGCAUCACCCAGGACGAGCUAGGAUAAUGCCUGAUAAACCAAUAGCAACGGAAGGAUCCGCUGUUACUUUAACCUGUACCGCUACCCCACCAGGCUGGCCAGCGCCACAGUACCGUUGGUUUAAGAUAGAUCAAGAUGGUCAGAGUACCAUUUUAGCAACCGGAACUAAAUAUACCAUAUCAAACGCAAAUUUAGCAACAGAAGGAACGUAUCAUUGUCAAGCUACCAACGAAUUAGGUCCCGGAGAACUCGCUUCCGUUUCACUGGAAGUCCACGUUCCGCCAAGUUUCAAAACCAAACUCAAACCGCUAGAAAUAAAACGAGUAGGAGAGGGUAACUUCGCCGUCGCUUGUAGCGCUAGAGGAAAACCGAGACCGAUGGUGAAAUGGUUGAAAGAAGGUGACGAACUAACUGCUGACGCCAAUAUGUUUGAAGUUAAGACUGAUUAUUUGGAAACUAGUAACGGAGCUGUUAAUGUACAAAGCGUUUUGAAGUUUUCUGGCAAAGCUAGACCGAACGGUAACGAACUAUUGCCUUCAGAUAGGGGAGAAUAUUCUUGUACUUUCGAAAACGAGGUUAAAAAAACUGAAUCGACGAUGCAUUUAAAAAUAGAACACGAACCGAUAGUACUUCAUCAUUUCAAUAAAGUAGCCUACGAUAUAUCGGAACGUGCCGAAGUAUUAUGUAAAGUACAAGCUUUCCCUAAACCCGAAUUUAAAUGGUUAUUCGGAUCGAACGCUAGUCCUUUACAUUCAUCUUCCGAAGGACAUUACGUUAUACACACGACUAAUGAUAAAGACAUAUACACGAGCGUCCUAAAGAUCAGCAACAUCAAAAAGCACGAUUACGGAGAAUACACUUGUCAAGUUAUAAACAAUUUGGGGGCAAUCGAAACUAAAAUUAAACUUCAAGCUAAAGGACCACCGGAAAAACCGUCUAAACUCACUUCCCUUUACAACGGACCUAAUUUCGUUACUUUAGGAUGGGAACCAGGGUUUAAUGGUGGAAUAUCCAAUACCAAAUACGUGGUUUCAUUUAAAAAGGUACCAAGUGAUAACGAUAUUUUGAUCGAAGGUUGUAAUAACAUACCGAGAAGCGCCGAAUGGUAUGAAGUCGAUUGUCAUCAAAAUGUUCCUUGCAAUGUUUCCAAUCUUGAACAAUAUCAAACGUAUCUUUUCAAAGUUAAGGCUUUAAAUACGAAAGGCAUAAGUGAGAAUUCUCAAGAAAUUCGCCAACGAACACGAGUGAGUAAAAUACCGGCAGCUCACAGAGUGGAAUUCGACAAAAGUACCAACGUCUUAUCCGUAAAUAUUCCUUCCACUUGCCUUCCCCUCGUAGCUAUGGUAGAAACUAUCAGUCACGAAAAUCAUCCUAUCACCGAAUGGCAAGUCAUAGAUACGAUGGACCUUCAGGUAUCUGGUUUAACCUCAACUUAUAAGGAGAAGAAUUUGGAUCAAAUGGGUUCGAAAUAUUUCAAUGGGAGAGCCUUAGUAGACGAACCCAUCGGUGUUAAUGACGAUUACGUACCUAGAAUUAGGGUAAAAUUGUGCCUUCAAACUCAUUUAGAACAUUGCGGAGAAUUUACAUAUGCAGAAUAUGGUACUGGAUUUAUUCGAGAAGCCGCAGCUAUAGCUACGCCCACCCUAAUAGGAAUAAUAGUAGCUUGUGUUGUACUUUUACUAUUUGUUGGACUUCUGUACGUGUUUUGUAGAUGUAGAAAAACCGAAUCGACGAAAAAAGUCCAAUCCAAAGAUUAUGAAAUGGAUUCGGUCCAACCAACUAUGGUACCCCAACAAAAUCAAGCACCACCACCAUACUAUCCGUCUACCGGAAUGGAUAAUAAAGCUUUAGAACAUUCUUUAGACCUAGCGCUAGCUUUGGAAGACCAGAAGUCUGUGUACGCUACUCAGAAUGGAUAUGGAUACCAUGUCGCUAAUGCUGAUAUACAAGCAAGACAAAAUAUCAAUAAUGCUGAUUGGGCUAACAUGGGAUACAUCGAAAACAGUUACUCCAACUCCAACAACGGAGGUAGUGUGAACUCUCAAGACUCGUUGUGGCAAAUGAAAAUGGCGGCGGCAUCUAGUAAUUCAAACAACCAACUCCAACAGCAUCACAUAAACGUAGAUAGACAAAAUUACGGUUAUGACCCCAUAACGCAUGGUGGUUAUGGAGCCGUCGACGAUUACGCCCCCUAUCCACACAUAACGACGCAAAGCAACCACGGGGAUGACUACAUCAGAAAUAGUAAUAAUCCGUCCAGACAAGACUAUUGUAGCGACCCUUAUGCUUCAGUACACAAACCUAAGAAACGUGUCGAGAUAGAAUCUCCAUAUCACGACGUCAGCGGUCUGCCUGACCCAUACUUGGAGCAAAUGGAAGACGAAAAACCGCCCCAACACAUGUCACUUAGUUACGAAGAAAGCUUGGAAAGCGGUUACUCCACUCCUAAUUCAAGAACACGACGAGUUAUUCGAGAAAUAAUUGUAUAGAUUAUUUUCAGUGUUGCCUAACGCUCCCUUUUAUCAAAAUUUUUCUAUUUUGGUUCGAUACGUUCAUUUUUAUCCCGAAAUAAAAAAAAUAAUGCAAAGAUACAGUAUCGGAAAUAAAAUUAGAGUGCCUACUAGUCAAAAAAUAAGAAAUUUCCGUAUUUGGGGGGAGGAUUGGAAGGAAAUAAUAAAAUAUUUAAUGGGAAAAGGAUAAGUUUUGAUCCCGAACUUUUAGUUCCAUUAAACGUUUUGAGAUUUCCUUACACGCUGGACUAUAUUUUUCUAAAAUGUAAUAACGAAGUGAAAUUAUUGUUAACGGGAAACUUUAUGACUUGAUAAUAAAUAUUAUGAAGACUCCUAUUAAGUAGACUACUAAAAUGGGGUUUUAGUAUGUUCUAACUUUUAAUAUCUUUGUUUACAGUGUUGCGAGAUGAGAUUGAAGCAUCUCUAAAGACCUUUUAACGUGAUAAAAAUGAAUUUUUACAAUGUGCAUUAUUUUUUUUUUUUGGAAUUCGAGUAAAUGUGAACGUUCCAUGUUAACUUUCUUGAGUACCUGAGAGACUUUUUAUUUUCGAAGUGUUGCCGAGUUACCGUUUUUUGUUUCGUCGACAAAAAAAACGAUUGUUUGCUGAUACAAGUGUUUUUCGCGUGCUAAAAUUGGUAGUGGUGAAAAAAAAAUCGAAACUUGUGGAUUUUUUAGUGAAAUUCCUCGCUUAAUUUAAAAAUCACAGUUUCGUAUAUUUUCUAUGUGCAAACGCGUAAUAUACAGGGUAAGAUAAUUUUAUUUCAUUUUGGAUGUUCCAUUAAAUCGUUUUGUAAAUAAAAAAAAAAUGAUUAUAGUACCACCACACAGGUAUCAUGAAAAAUCUGCAUCAAAUACUGAUUAUUUUAAACAGUGAUUUGCCAUAUUUAUCGUCAACACAAUCGAAUAAUGCGGAAAAUAUACAAUUUCCUUACGUGUUGUACACUAUACUUAUCCCACGACCUAAACGUGAUAUUCACCGACGUAGAAAGUUGUACAUUUCUGAAUAAUACCUGCCCGGCGUAAAAUCUUAUUAAAAACUCGCUAAUUUGGCGUUUUUGAAAUUGCAGUAUCCAUUUAUCAAUCUCGCAGAUCUAAUAAUUGUAUUGAUUGACUUUCUUUUCCGAUUUCUCAACCGAAUUUAUUAAUUAAAAUAAACUCCAAACACAAUUCACCAACUAAUUCACAUUGUGGGCGGAUAAGGGGCCGUUCAGGCGGUUUAGCUUGAGCCCUUUGAUGUCAUUAGAUAAGCUGUGAUUAAACUGCGUUUGUGUGAGUGCUCAAAGAUGGCGUGGUCAGCGGUUUUGUCCUCCUCCAUGCACCAAAGACACUCCGGAUCGUCCGUAAUGCCAAUUUCUCGCCUAAGCCACACCAAGGAUGAAUUCUGGGCCUAUCCUAGACUAGCGAGUGAAUCCGUCGAGCUAGAUCUUGCAGAAAUCGCUCACCAUGUUCUGUAGGACUCUCUUGCACUCCAGCACUAGCCUCAAGUACAUCUUUUCAGCCCUUAUGGUUUCCUGUGGCGUCGAUUCAUAGGAAAGUGUCUUUUUUUCCGAUUUUUCGACCGAUUAAUCGAAUAUAAUAAAAAUUCAAUAAAUAAAAACGUGAAAAAUAAUUAUUUUUGACUUUUCUCUUACUGUACGUCCCACCCCCCAGCAAAUAGGUCUCCCAAAACAAGCGUUUCGUUUAAUAUCUGACCUGACAUCUGAAACCUAGAUAAAUGGAUUCUACGACUUCGAAAACGCUAAACUAAAUUGUUUUUAUCAUGAUAUUGAACCGAGUAGAUAUGAAUUAUGGCAAUUUUCUGCGUUAGAAUAUUAAAUUUCUUGAAGGUCGUCGAAAAAAAAAGGCUUUUUAGAGAAAAUCUGUCCGCAUUGGAUGAUUUUCAAUCUGUAUAUAUAUAUACUUCCUAUUUUUAUCCUGAAAAAUUGGUAACACACAACACUAUAGCCUCGGAUUCGACAAUAAUUGAACUCCCUGUAAAGACGGAUAUGAAAUUUUUAUGUAAAUCGAUGAUUAAAACCAUGGAUCCACCAAAAAA